CGCGGUGAUGGCUUACCUGUUGAGCUCUGCAUCUUUCCUGGCCUCGGCCUUCGUGUCUAAUGUCCUACAGUUCGUUUCCCGGUCCAUCCGCGCCAGCCCUUUGCUCCAUCAGGCGGUUAAGGUAUUGGACCGGGGCAAGUCGAAGGUUCCUCGAGGUAUGCCUCAUGUUGCCCCAUGGGCGGUUGAGAGCGAUCUGGUCGUGAGGAUGCUGGCUCUUAAUCCUGGCAUGCACACGUUGCAAGGGACGAACUGUUAUCUAGUCGGCAACGGCGCACGGCGAAUCCUGAUCGAUACAGGCGAGGGGAAAGCUGGGUUUGUCCCCCAUCUCCUGGAUGUAAUGCGACAAGCAGGAUGCGAAAUGCUGGACGCUAUUUUGUUGACACAUUGGCACGUUGAUCACGUGGGGGGUGUAAACGACAUCCGCAAGGCGCUUGGUGGGAACAUUCCCGUCUUCAAGAAGUACGGCCCAACCGUGCAAGAUUUCGACUACUCAGGCAUCGAGGAUGGUCAACUGUUUCGAACAACCGGAGCCACCCUUGAAGCGGUGUCCACCCCGGGACACACCGAAGACCACGUCGCGUUUGUUCUUCACGAAGAAAAGGCCCUGUUUACCGGGGACAUGAUACUCGGGUGUGGUACGGCUAUUUUCGACGACUUCGCCUCUUACAUGGAUUCGCUGCAGCGAGUCCGCGACAUGAGCCCGAAAUACGAAGGAGGCUUCACGAGGUUGUACUGUGGGCAUGGUCCCGCAGUGGAAGCUGCGCAAGAGAAGAUAGAGUACUACAUCAAACACCGGCAAGAAAGAGAAGCCCAAAUCAUAAAUGCGUUAACGGCAGCAAAAGGGCGGACUCUCAGCGCUCUCCAGAUUACCGUUCGGGUGUACGGCGUUCUGCCGCUCCCGAUCUUCGUCUCGGCGCACUACAACGUUUUGCACCACCUGUCGAAGCUCGCGAGGGAAGGGAGAGCAGUUCUCGGCUGGGUGCCGUGCUCAUAUUACCUUGGACCCGAGCGCGGGCUAAACGUCGGAUGCACAGAUUGAGCACCCCCAACAGCAGUUGCAAGGGUGCCCGUCCGGGAGCGUCCCUAUGCUCUCUUCAUGGCCCGUGCUGGAGAGGAACGCGCCCCGCUGGUGGCUUGUCCAUUGCCUUGUUCUCAUCUUUGUCGGUCGCGUUCACAGCCUUUGGUGGCUGCCUUCCCCCGAUAGCUCCACUGACAUGCGCGCAAGGUCUCUCCCGUGAUUUCCAUGGAGAGCUUCGACCGAUAUCACGCGCCGCUCGAGGGCAAGAGCGAGCCCGUUGAACUCAUCACAAGAAACUCGAGCAUUGGCGAUACUGGCGUAAUUUCUUGAGACGAGCGCGGCUUGGCAGGGGUUCACGGGGUGCUUGGCACACUGACAAAAAACGAUUGUUGAGGCAGCAGUAAGUAAGUAAGCCCGCUGCCGCCCCGAAAGCAACCAUUGAUGCUUGCAUCAAAGGAGGCCGGUGUGGGGACGACUCGUGCUUCCAAAAUCCACUUCAGGAGAGUCCGGGGCUUUUACUUUUCUCGGCUACGAGGUGAAUUGCGGCAUGAGCAAGGGUACACGUAAAAAAAAAAUCAAGGCAAAUAGACCUACGAAUCUAAUCGAAAGUGGGGGUCAUUUGGGGGGGGGGGCAUAACCCAUGUAUCCCCGGGUUUUCUGCCGAU